GACAGCCCCAGUUUGAGAAAGUGAAUGAUCGAGCAUGCGCAGUUUAGGUUUGUGACAUAUUGCAAGGAAGCAGAGAACAAGCGAGGCUUGCGAGGGAGAUGUUUUAAAUUUACUUGGAAAAACUAGGAAACGGUGAGAUUCACGUGGAUCUAAAGUGGUUUUAGCUACUGCUAAUACAGUCUUCUGGGUGGUGUUGGGAACACAGUGGGGGCAUCAUGAACCCCGAGGCACAGGAAUCUGCAGGGGGCUCUGACCUGGAGUCUGACUUCAACUGGGAUGAAUAUCUGGAGGAGAAUGGACUAUUGGCAGUUCCACAUCACGCCUUCAAACAUGUGGACUGUAGCCUGCAGACAGGGCUGGCCCCAGGGAUGAUGCUGGAGGUGUCUGUGCGUUCAGAACCUGACCAACCCUACUGGGUGGCUACCAUCAUCACUGCCUGUGGCCAACUGCUGCUGCUGCGCUAUGAGGGUUACCACGACGACCGACGAGCAGACUUCUGGUCUGACAUCAUGACCUCUGACCUCCACCCUCUGGGGUGGGGUAGGCAGCAGGGGCGACCAAUGAGACCACCCAAUGGUGUCCGUGAGAAACAUAGUGACUGGGAGGCUGUCCUAGAGGAGGCUCUGGCUCAGGGAGGGAGUGCACCAGCACACCUGCUGCAGGGGGCUCAGGCAGGGGGAGACCCAGCAGACCUGUUUCCCAUGGGGUGGUGUGUGGAGCUGCAGGACAGUGUGGACCCAGGGGUGGCCUGGGGGGCGCAGGUGGAGGACAACAUAGGGGGCCGUCUGUGUCUGCGCUACGCUGGGACAGAGGGGCUAACCCAGUCACUGGCCAGGCGAUGGGUAUUCUACCUGGACCCCCUCCUGCACCCACCUGGCUGGGCUGAGGAGAACAGCUGCUCUCUCAUCCCACCUGCUGUGCUUUGUGGUUUGCGCAGUGAAGCAGAGUGGGAGGAGGUGAGAAAGACCAUCAGACAGCCUAAAGAAGAAGCCUUCAAUCGAGACUUCUUUAAGGACAGGCCAGUCCUCUCUCCUCACUGCUUCUCUGAGGGGAUGAAGUUGGAGGCGGUGAACCCCGCUGCCCCCUUCAACAUCAGCCCAGCUACUGUCACCAAGGUGUUGAAUGAACAGUACUUCCUGGUGCAGAUGGACAGUCUACAGGGAGACAGUGAGGGGGCGGGGCCUGGCUCAUCAUUCCUCUGUCACCAUGGAAGCACUGAAAUCUUCCCUGUCCAGUGGAGCCUUAAAAAUGGGGUACCCCUCAGUCCCCCUCCAGGUUACCAGGGUCAGGACUUUGACUGGGCGUAUUACCUGAAACAGUGUGGCGCAGAGGGAGCGCCAGAGAGCUGUUUUCCUGUGGAGCAGAGUGAUCAUGACUUUGUUGAGUUCAUGAGGCUGGAGGCGGUGAAUCCCAUCUCUCCUAAAUACAUCCACAUGGCAACUGUAACCAGGGUCAGAGGUCAGCACAUCUGGCUAGGUCUAGAAGGGUUGAAGCAGACGCUGCCUGACGUCAUCACGCAUGUGGACUCCCUGGACAUCUUUCCAGUCAGCUGGUGUGAGAGUAACGGCUACCCCCUCCAACACCCCUCCAAAGCUACAGCUCCGAGGAAGAGCUGUGUGGCCGUGGUGCAACCAGAGAAGCAAUCUCAACUUAAAGCCGCGCCCCAUGCAGCGAGGCAGCAGGAUCUGAGCCAAUCAGAGAGCGCUCAGGGGAACGGAAAGUACAGCUGCCCAAAGAUAUUCUUCAACCACCUCUGUUUCUCCGGCCCCUACCUGAACAAGGGCCGCAUCGCAGAGCUGCCCCAGAGCAUCGGCCCCGGCAACUGUGUCCUGGUGCUGAAAGAGGUGUUGACGCUGCUGAUCAGCUCGGCCUACAAGCCCAGCCGGGUGCUGAGGGAGCUGCAGCAGGACCCAGAGCUGAGGCGGCACGGCCAGGGAGAGACUCUCAAGGCCAAGUACAAAGGGAAGAGUUACCGGGCCACUGUGGGGAUUUCCCGUACGGCUGACCAGGUGGCUGAGUUCUGCAGGAAGACAUGUGUGAGGCUGGAGUGCUGCCCCAACCUGAUCACACCUCACAUGGUGCUGGAACACUGCUCAGAGAACUGUUCCCUGCUCACCAAGACUAAAUACACUCAUUACUACGGUAAGAAGAAGACCAAGCGUAUUGGCCGUCCCCCUGGUGGUCACACUAACCUGGAUAUCAGCACCAAAGAGGGGAGCAGGAGGAAGAAGAGGAAGCCCCUGUCUGUCUGCAAAAAACGCCUGUUUACCUCUGUGGACAGCACCCCUGCUUGCUCCCCACUGGGUAGUGGAGAGGAGGAGGAGGAGGACCUGGAUGAGGACUACUCUCUGAGUGAGGAGGAUUCGGGCUCAGAGCAGCAGGGUGACUCUGACGUGUUAGAGAGGAAGUCCCAGCCCGCCUCUCCCCGUCCCACCCCUCCAGAACCUCGCCCUCGGGAAGGACCCCAAUUAACCUCCUACUCAGAUGAUGAUAACCAGCCCCCCUCACCUAUGAGUGGGCGGGUGGAGGUGCAGGAGAAGCUGCAUCUGGACAGCAGUCCUCUGGGCUGGAGCAUCACUGACGUGACUCACUUCAUCAGAACCACUGACUGUUCCCCGCUGGCGCGCAUAUUCAGGGACCAAGAGAUAGAUGGUCAGGCCCUGCUGUUGCUGAGCCUGCCCACAGUACAGGAGUGUAUGGGGCUGAAGCUGGGCCCUGCCAUCAAACUGUGUCACCUUAUAGAGAGGAUCAAACUGGCCUUUUACCAGCACUUUGCCAGCUGAUGUGUGUGUGUGUGUGUGUGUGUGUCUGUGAGCAUGCAUUAUGUACACUGUUGUUUUCAAUUAUGUGUAUAAACCCUGGAUGACUGAUAGGGGGCGUUGUAUUUAAGCCAUCCCACAGCUAUCUCUGUACAUCUCCAUUGUAAAAAAAGAUGUUGGAAGCUAUAGAAUCAUUUUUGACAUGUGGCCAAUACAUAGCAUCAGCAAUCCAGGGUUUAUAUAAAUCAUCGGUUGUUAUGUACAUGAUAUGCUGCUCCAGGAUGGACACAGCUUGUAGCCUCAGCUGUUCACCCCUGGAAUAUGUGACUGAAUUCUGUAUCUUUCAGGGAUUUCAUGUUUGUUUCUCAUUUGUUUGUACACAGUGGAUGGGAAUUGAAAAGCGCAAGAUAAUUGAACAAAGUCAUGAUGGAAUUAUUUUCCAUCCAUUAAUCACUUAAGCCUUUGGUUGAAAUGAAAACCCAAGGUAAAGCAUAUAAACAAAAUAGAUCCGGAUACCCGUUUAGGUACUAGUUUACCUCUUAUUAAUGCAAAGCCCCCUCAUUGUGAAACCCUAGACAUGUUGAAUCUGUAUAAUGUGAAUAACAGCACCUUAUGUGGGGAGACAUAUUUGCACUAUCAUCACCAGGUUUUUACAUCGGUCUACAAGGUUAGGGUAAUCAAUUUCACUGACUUCAGACUUUUGGGGCUGGUUUUCCACACAGAUUAAGCCUGGUCCUGGACUAAAAACCAUCUUCAGUGGAGAUUCUCCAUUGAAAAUGGUUCUUAGUCCAGGAAUAGUCUUAAUCUCUGUCUGUGAAAUGAAUCUUAAAUGCAUCAUAUUCAAUGGGUUAGGCUGUUUCUCAAUGGGUUAGGCUGUUUCUCAAUGGGUUAGGCUGUUUCUCAAUGGGUUAGGCUGUUCUGUUCCUUUUUGUCUAUGAUGACUAUGAUCACUUUAGUUGUCACUAUAGUAAGUCAGUCACUAGUUAUGUUCAUGGAGUGGUCGACAGGGUUAUAAGAUGGUCCUGACAAUUAUGGACGUCUCCGAUCAAAAAGUAUUUUAUUAUUGAGGACCUGUUUGGCCUCAUUUUACCUCUUAUAUAUUGCAGCUUGAUCAAAGUAUAAACUGAACCAUAUUUAAAGUAUUUGUAAAGAUUGAAUGUCAACUAUGUUUUAAAAGCGUUUUGCAGAUUGCUUUGAGUAAAACAUUUAUUGAUUUAUAUAAAAUAAUGUAGGAUAAUGUAGGAUAAUUCUCACACUAUCUCUAAAAAAUGAACUGUACUCAAGGCAGAACUGUUCCAUGUUUGAGACAUUCCCUGUUAUUUAUGCUCAUUAUCACCAUCCACAUUAGCUUGUCAUUUCAUUCAGGGCUGUCAUUGUAAGUCUUCAUGUUUCUAUUCCCGUUCACUUGAUCGAUUACUUUAUUUUACAUUCCUGUUGCUCAUGUUGAAAAUAAGUUCUGGUAGUUAAGUCAACUAAAGGGGUUUCUCGUGAAAUGUAAAGGGUUUGUGGAUGUUUCUGAUGUGAAUAUGUUUCCAGAAUGAUUAUUGCUUUUAAAAGUAAUAAGAUGUGGUCUAGGGCACUGCAUCACAGUGCUAGCUGUGCCACCAGAGACACUGGGUUCGCGCACAGGCUCUGUCGCAGCCGGCCGGGAGGUCCGUGGGGCGACGCACAAUUGUGUCGUCCGGGCUAGGGAGGGUUUGGCCGGUAGAGAUAUCCUUGUCUCAUCGCGCACUAGCGACUCCUGUGGCGGGCCGGACGCAGUGCACGCUAACCAGGUCGCCAGGUGCACGGUUUCCUCUGACACAUUGGUGUGGCUGGCUUCCUGGUUGGAUGCGCGCUGUGUUAAGAAGCAGUGCGGCUUGGUUGGGUUGUGUUUCGGAGGAUGCAUGGCUUUUGACCUUCGUCUCUCCCGAGCCCGUACGGGAGUUGUAGCGAUGAAACAAGAUAGUAACAUACUAACAAUUGGAUACCACGAAAUUGGGGAGAAAGGGGGGUAAAAUUCAACAACAAAGAAAGUAAUAAUAGGAUGAUAAAAUUGCAGUUUCUUCUUACCAGUGUUGUUGUUUUUUUAUCCCAGGAUCUUCUUCACUGAAUGAUCUCAUUCAUAUUUAGUGAAAUUAGGGUCCACUGUCAAACCAUUUCCUAGCAGCACUGAAUGAUAACAUGAAGAUUGUAUUGGCUCUCAGAUGUAAGGUGGAAAAUGUCUACUGUCGCUCCAGCUGUUCUCUCCAUGAUUUAGUGUUAAAGGUCUUACCUACCAGGUUUUAUAUUGGACUUCUCUCAGCCACACUCAUCCAAAAUCCAGAGGAACAGAAUAAUAACAGAACGGGGGGGGGGGUGUAUGACACAUCUUCGUUGCAUUGUAAGUGACUUGUUUGCCCAUUGAAUGACUGUCGAGUGUUGAGCGUAACCAUUUAGAUUGGUCCCUUCAGUUGUUACUGUUGAGGACAGAAAGAUGCGUCUUGAACUCAUUUCAUUUUUGGCCUAGUGACAAGUAGAGGACGAGGAGGGCCGUGAAAGAAUGUGAUCAUAGUGGAGGAGUUGAGUUUUAGACUUUGAUUUGUGAUAUUUUAUUAUUCUGUGAAGAGUUACUUUAAAAGAAUGCAAGACCAUUCCAACUGUAGACAAGAUCACGUCAUUCACUCCCCAAUGAUGGGAUUGUACUUUCCCUUGAUCCUGACUGGUCUCCCAGUCCCUGCCGCUGAAAAACGUCCCCACAGCAUGAUGCUGCCACCACCGCGCUUCACCGUAGGGAUGGUGCCAGGUUUCUUCCAUACAUGACGCUUGGCAUUCAGGCCAAAGAGUUCAAUUUUGGUGUCAUCAGACCAGAAUCUUGUUUCUCAUGAGUUAUGAUGAGUUAGGUGCCCAAACUCCAAGCAGGCUGUCAUGUGCUUUUACUGAGGAGUGGCUUCCAUCUGGACACUAUCAUAAAGGCCUGAUUGGUGGAGUGCUGCAGAGAUGGUUGUCCUUCUGGAAGAUUCUUUCAUCUCCAGAGUGGAGUGGAACUCUGAAGCUCACCACCAAGGCCCUUUUGCCCCGAUUGCUCAGUUUGGCCUGGCGGCCAGCUCUAUGGAGAGUCUUGGUGGUUCCAAACUUCUUCCAUUAAAGAAUGAUGGAGGCCACUGUUUUCUUCUUCAAUGCUGCAGACAUGUUUUGGUACCCUUCCUCAGAUCUGUGCCUCCACACAAUCCUGUCUCGGAGUUCUACGGGCAAUUCCUUCGACCUCAUGGCUUGAUUUUUGCUCUGACAUGCACUGUCAACUGUGGGACUUUAUAUAGACAGGUGUGUGUGCCUUUACAUUCAAUUGAAUUUACCACAGGAGGACUCCAAGUUGUAGAAACGUCUCGAUGAUGAUCAAUGGAAACAGUUGAAUCCAUUGAUCAUCCUUGAUGUUUCUCAAUUUCAAGUCCUAUAGUAAAGGAUCUGAAAAGUUAUGUAAAUAAGGUAUGUUUUUUAUUUGUAAAUACAUUUGCUAAAAUUUCUAAAUCUGUU